AUGUGCUUCUUAUCUUAUUUCUUAGGUGAUGUGCCAAAAGAAGAAGCAGCAGAAAAGGAAUACAGUGGUCCAGCUGCAAGCAAAAAUAAAGUGUCUGUGCAAUCUAUUACGGUGCAGCCUUACAGAGGAGACUACAAAGCAGAAGGAGCAGAGAAAAAGGAAGAAAAACUCUCCCUCUGCAAUCCUGAAACUGAUCCUAAAGGUCCAGGGAAAGUGCGGGCCAGUGUGGGGCUUCCUACUGCAAACAGCAGCAGGUUGGAUGCAUGCCCUGCUGCAGUGGAGCACAGCAAAGGUGUCUUGCCAGCAGCAGCAGCAGAAGUGAAAAAGGAAGACAGUGAUUCCUCCUGGGGAUCUGAGGUACCUUCUUUGAGGGAGGCAGUGGGGUCCCUCUGGCUCACCUACUUCUGGGCUCAUUCUACUUUGAUGCUGCUUCUGCCACAGCCUCCUUACUUGGACCUUGACAUGCUACUGCUUCAGAUAAUCUCUUCACCUAGUACUGAAGUUCUAGAUGAAUUAGCAACCACUGUGCUGCUUCCUGCUGGCAGAAUGUUUCCAGAGCCCUCUGUUGCCAAGGAGAGUAUCAAAGGGGCCUCACAAGCAGCAGGAGCAGCAAAAGAGAAAGACAGUGACUCCCUCUGCAAUCCUAAGCAUCUCAGUGAUCUUAGAGAGAAAGUGAUUAACCCCGUGCAGCAUCCUGCUGGAAAAUGCCGUAGAGUGGGUGUGCGCUCUGCUGCUGAGGAGCGUGGCAAAGGGGUCUUGCAACCAGCAGGAGGAGCAGUGAAAAGGGAAGACACCGAUUCUCCCUGGGAUUCUGAGACUGAUCCUAAAGGUCCAGGGAAAGUGCGGGCCAGUGUGGGGCUUCCUACUGCAAACAGCAGCAGGUUGGAUGCAUGCCCUGCUGCAGUGGAGCACAGCAAAGGUGUCUUGCCAGCAGCAGCAGCAGAAGUGAAAAAGGAAGACAGUGAUUCCUCCUGGGGAUCUGAGACUUUUUCUAGAAUUGUAGAAGAAGUGUUUGGCAGCAAGCGACGUCCUAAUGCAGACCGCAAAGGAGUGGGUGUGCGCUCUGGUGCCGCGGGGUGCAGCGAAGGGGUCUUGCAACCAGCAGGAGGAGCAGGAGAUGAUGAUUCUUCUUGGGAUUCUGAGACUGAUUCUGAAGGUGAAGGGGAAGUGUCGGCUGCUGUCCAGCUUCCUGCUGCAAACAGCAGCAGGUUGAAUGCAUGCUCUGUUGCAGUGGAACGUGGCAAAGGGGUCUUGAAACAAGCAUGGAGAGAAACGAAAAAUGAAGACAGAGUCUUGCAGCCAGCAGGGGGAGAAGCAAAACAGGAAGAUAAUGAUUUUCCCUGGGAUUCUGAGACUGAUUCUGAAGGUCGAAUAAAAGUGUCGGCUGAUGUGCAGCUUCCUGCUGCAGACCAAAACAGAGUGGGUGUGAGCUGUGCUGCAGUUGAGCUCAGCAAAGCUGCAAGAGCAGAACAGGAGGAACAUCUUAUCUCCUCUUCUGAGAAUAAGCUUCCUACAUUACAGGGAGAAGAUCUUCAGCUAAAGGUUGAUUCUUCAACUCAAACAGAUUCUGAGCAGGACAAACAGCCAUUGGCCGGGCAGAAGCUUGACAAAAUUCUCGAAAAUAACUCACUGGAAGGAGCUCCACUUGGAACUGUGAAGACCAACAGCAGGAGGGAACAGAAGCUGCUGUUGGAGAAACUGGAGAAGUGUAAAACUAGGCUUAAGGACCUAAAAGAACUUCUUAACAAGAAUGAUUAUUAUGCUGAGUCAGGGAAGAAUUCCCUAAAGGAGAAGAAGGUAAUAACAAUUUUGAGAAACAUGCAAGGCCGCCUGGUUGAGUCUUUUGAUUCAUCAGCUGCAGCUAUCUCCCAGCUGGAAGAACGCAUUCAACGGCUCCAAAUUCAAAUGGCAAAGCUGGAAGCCACAAUCCAGCAACAAGCCAAGACUAUAGAAAUCUUUGAGGCAAUCCAGCAAAUCUCUAACCUCAGACUCCUCAGUGGACACCAGUCUUUGGCACCGUGAUUUUCCGCACACUAUCAAAAACUGGUUUGGAAUGACAUUUGCAAAGUGAGCCAAUCCCUGAGGCUGGGUCACCCUGCAGGCAUUUCCACCACUUCGGGUAUCUCUUUGUUCCCAUGAGAUUUGUGAUAUUUAGCAAUUCUGUAUCUAGUGAUCACUAUCUAGUGAUUACUUACUGUUAUUUUUUGCCUGUUGCUGUUUCAC